AUAUUAAAGCACAAAUACUAUAUAGCAUAGUAGAAGUGCUCGUCCAUGCGACCCAACAUCCAACUGAGAGCAAUUGUCCAAUCCACUACUCAUCGUCCAAACAAAUGAAUUAACUUGAAAUUAGAUAUGAUUGGAGUUUAGUGAACACGAAUGGAAUUAAAUAUUUUUAGCGAACAAACAAUCAAACUUGUAAUUAACCAAAAAAUUAGCUUGCCUUUCAAUGAAUUUUUUAUUAGAAUGAUAUUGUUUUAUUUUUACUUUUAGAUUAUAUUUAAGCUAUUUGAAUAUGUGAUCUUUAUAUUUGAAAAUCAAUGAUGAGUAGGCUAAACCAUUGUCCGCAUUAGACUGGUUCAAUUGUUAAUCCUCAUAGAACCAUUUGGUGUGUGCAAAUAAAGAAAAGCAAAUGAUACAUAAAAUCUUAGAAAUACGAAAAAUAAAAUUCAAUUAUGGUUAGUUAAAACUUUUCAGGUUUCUACCUCCCAUAAUAUUUGGGGUGUGGCUACGGUGACAUGCAUGUCACUGUGACUUGCACUUUCCGGUCGACCUCACUUAGGAUUAGGUCGACCGCAUUUAGAAUUCGGUCGACCUCAUAUAGGAUCAGGUCGACCUAAUAUGUUGUUUCAGUGUAAAAACAAUUCAUGGUGCCUACUUUGGAUAUUCAUAUCAUACAAUUGGCUAGAUGGAAAUUGAAGACUAAUGACUUGUUUUGAAGCUGGAGUAUCCCUCUACAUAUUGAAGUGAUUGAGAGCUCGAUAGGAAGUCCAGAAUACCAUUUUUGAACCUCAUCAAAAGGCUAUGCCAAAACUGGGAAACUGCCUAGAAAUGGUUAAGUCUGGAAACGUGUUUUUGAAGCCUAUUUUGGAGCUCAAUUCGAGAAGCAUGAAUGCGAGUCGAGUCCAGGAGCCUCUACCAUGUUAAAUUAUGUAUGUUUUUAUACAAAUUCAAGGUAGUGGAUGAAAGAUUUGAUAUAUGUAAGGCUUCAAACAAAAGGGUUGAAGUUGCUACAAAUAUUGUUUUUCUGGCAGACCUCGAGCACAAGCAAGCUACCAGAAAAACAGCCUUCGUAGAAACUUCGAGCCUUUUGUUUGAAGCGUUAAAGAUAUUCAAUCUUUCAUCCAAUGCCUUGCCUUUGUACAAAAAAAUACGUAAUUUAACGUGGUAGAGGCCGCUGGACUUGACUCGCAUCCAUGCUUCUCAAAUUGAGCUCCAAAGUAGGCUUGACAAACACGUUGCCAAACUUAGCCGUUUUCAGGCAGUUUCCCAAUUUUGGCAUAGCCUUUUGGUCAGGUUCCAAAAUGGUCUUCUGGACUUUCUAUUGAGCUCCCAAGUACUUUAAUGUGUAGAGGGACACUUCAGCUUCAAAACAAGCCUUUAAUCUCCAAUUUCCAUCUAGCCAAUUGUAAGAUAUGAAUCUCCAAAGUAGACACCAUGAAACUGUUUUUAUAUGAAACAACAGAUUAGGUCGACCUACUCCUAUAUGAGGUCGACCGAAAAGUGCAUGUCACCGUGACAUGCAUGUCACCGUAGCAAAGUCCUAAUAUUUGUUCGAUUUCUUUUUUUUUUAUAACAAAUAUUGAAUCAAAGAACCACGUAGGUCAAAGUGGUCUAUGCAACCCAACAUCCAACUACGAGCAAUUGUCAAUCCACUACUAAACGCCCAAACAAAUAAAUUAACUCAAUAUUACAUAUGAUUGGAGUUUAGUAGUCUGUAAAUGUUUACCAAUAAAAAAGUCAGCUUGUACCAAAUCGAUUAAUUACAAGGGGAUUAAUGGAUUGAUAAGGCCAGCUCAACAUUAAUAAUUAAAAGAGCAAGCCGGGCCUUGUUGGGUUUGAUUUUUGGGCCUAAGUGGCCAAGCCCUUUCUUCCCUACAUGAUGGUGGACCCGUCUCCUUGGCCCCAUAGUCGGACGAUGCGUUUCACCCCUUGGUAGGAAAUUCGGCCUCCAAAAAACUAAGUAUUGGAAACAAGGCGACACAACGGGGUGCCAAACGGCUGGGUACCAAGUCUGGUACCAAAUAAGGGGGCCAAACAAGAGGGUAUCAAGCCGACAAGGAAGGCCUGAGACCCAAGUAAGAAAUUUGGCUAAGUAUGAAGCAAAAGGGGUAUCAAGCCGACAAGGUAGGCUUGAUACCAAAAGAUAUAAAAAUUGGCUAAGUAUGGAGCUAAGGGGGUACCAGGCGGGCAAGGCGACCUCGGUACCAAGACCCCUACAAGGUACCAAGCCGGCAUGACAGGCUUGACAGCCAAGCAAGGCGACAGGGUACCAGGACCCCAAGGGGGAGACAAUGUCCAAAGACGGACUUGGUAGCACCUUCACGGGGUACCAAACCGGCAGGGUGCAACUUACCACUUGACGAGGCUACAAAAACUAAGUAUGGAGACCAAGCCACCAAGACCGGUUUGGUAGCAAGGGGUGUCAAGUUGAUUACAUGGGCUUGGUGGCAUAUACCGGAAGGUAUCAAGCCAAUGAGGCGGCUUGAUAACAACCAACAAGUUAAUGAGGAGGACUUGGUGUCAUGAGAUGGUAGAGGCAAGGCUCAACACCAACUCGGCCCGGCAUCGAGGCCAUCAAGUACCCACCAACCCCAAGACGGGACAAGGUACUCCAAGGCGAUGGGUACCAACCAGUCAACAAGACGGGUCAAGGAGCUCCAAGGCAAUGGAGGUGAAGACCAAGACAACGGUUACCAAUUGGCAACCAAGGGAAUGAAAAGAGGACCGCUUGGCGGUUGGAGCAACAAGACGGCUAGCAGUUACCAAGGCGGUUACAGAGGCAGUUACUCCUAGUGGCUAUAAAUAGAAGAAACGAAGAAGAAGCAAAGGUUCCACAACCAACCAUUUGACACACUAUGUCAAACUUUAUCUUUUUCUCUGCAAAUUAGCCAUAGCCCUUAGUUUUCGGAGCUCUCACUGAACCUCCAUAGGAGUAGAGUAACGUAACUUAGAUUAUUCCCAAAAACCAUCAAAAACAUCAAACACCCUCGUUCGAACAUUGUUCGGAGAGGAGUGAACCGUGUAAUUAUCGUUGUUCAAGAAGUCAAAGGUGCAUUAAUUGUGUUCAAACACAAGUUUUUCCUCGCCGGAAAACAAAUUGGCACACCCGGUGGGACUGUGUGUUUGAUUUGAUGCCUCCACGACUGAGAGAACAAGAAGGUGAACUUUCACCUGGGUUUGUAAAAGAGCUGGCCAUUUAUGAUCUUGGUCAAUUAGCAAAAAGUGACGCCGGAAACAAUGGUGGGGUAAGAGGCCAGCCAUCACCGACGCAAUGUUUGGGUGUAACUACCACCACCUUGUCUCUCCACCAGUCACUGGUGGUAGAAAUAAAAUUAAUGGAGGAGGCUAUGGUGGGAUACACCAAACAAAUGGUAUCUCAACUUGAUUGUUUCCAUACUCGUCUAAAUCGGCGUUUGGAUCAACUAGAUGAGAUUUGUGAGAUAAAUGAAAAUAAUUGUAAGAAGUUUCGUCAACUUUUGAUGAAAUCAGUAUUGAGAUCAAAGGUUUUGGCUAAAGAUGAUGUAGAUCCACCAUCAAGCGUUGCUACUGGGGAUACGAGUAUUCUAAACUUCGGUGGCCGGACUACCCAGCCACGGUCAGAGAACUCAUCGUCUCCGGUGACAAGUCAACCACCUCUUCAACGUGGUGGUUGUGGCGAGAAUCUCACUCCCACGUUCACCACUCACGUAAAGAAAUUGCCUAUACAGACAAUUACUUUAGAAACUGCCUCAGAGGCUAGACCAUGCCUUAAUGUGAAACUUGGUGCAUGGUCACUCACUACAAAUGUGUUCCCACAAGGUUGUCCAGCACCACUGCUAUCCACGCCCAUCAAGCCUGGUGGAUGCAACCCGCGAGGGGGGCAGGCAGAGGGGUAUGAAAGCCUACCACCUGACAAGUUGACGGUGAAAUAUCAGGCUGGGGGGGGGGGGCACGUUGACGUCAAGGAAAAUGGAAAAAGAACUUUGUUUAAGGACUCACCACAUUUUUCAUCUAAGUGUGGCAAGAAUGACAUGUCUCUAUCUCCAUGCAGCGGACAGGGGGGCAUGCCAUCAAACAUGAUGAAUGGAGUGAGUGGCAAGUCUAAGGAUGUGUUGGAUACCCAUACCACCAAUGAUUUUCAUAACUUUGACAGCAUGUCAAAGAGUGGACACGGAGGCAAGGCCCCUUGUAGCAUGCCACCCAUGAAUGGUCGACAAAGGGGCAUGUCACCAACCACAAACAAUAGACAGAUAGACAUACUGAAAAAGCCACAACAUGAAGCAUGCUAAUAUGGCCAAGUCUGGCAAGGGGGGCGCGUCAAUAACCAUGAGCAAGGGUAUGAGGGGCAUGUAUCCAACCAAUGGACAAGGGGGCAUGUCACCGAAAGUGAAGAAACAAGUGGGGGGCAAGUCUAGGGGUGUUCAUUGCACUCAAGCCCUCUAUGAUUUUCACCAUCACGAGAGUGUGCUAAUGGAUGGACAAAGAAGCAAGUCUAUUCUUAACAGCCCUCAUGGCAUGCCAAACAUCAAUGGCAGACAAGGGGACAUGAAUAAGACAUCUCGGCACACAUCAACUAGAUAUGGUCCCACAAAGGGCCAAUGGGGGUUAUGUGCUAAUUGUAGGGAUCAUCAAGACAUAAGGGUUGAAAAUGGUCAAGUUGGCCACAAUGGUGACCAUAAACUCUUUAAGUCCAAACACCCAUCUUUCCAACCAUAUGGGAGGAAUAAGCAUGUGUCUUAUCAGGGGGAACUAAGACAAACGACAACUCAUGGUCUUGUUGAUGACUCAAAGGAGUUGAAGAUGUUUAGUGUGCCACCCAGGAUGAGGCAAAAACAUCGGGCUCAACAUAAGAACAACGUGUCUAAUGAGAUGGCUCAGGCAAAGGAGCAUGAGACCCCUUGUAAGCCCACUAAGACAGGGCAAGUUGAGAGGGUGCCAUCCAUUGUUAAGUUGGAAAAUUUGAAACCAACACCAAAUGAGUUGUUUCCCCUAACGGAGGGAAGACAAGUAGUGUAUGGAUGGUUGGUCUGGCUUAACCCAUGGACUUGGCAGUGGUUGUACACCUCUGGCACGUUGGUGGGUGCCAAAGGGCAUGGAUAUUAGUGACGUUUGUCAUUCUCUUCUAUAUUAAAAUAAAUAAAUAUAAUAUUAGUAAAAAAAGGAAGAGAAAAGAAAAAUCAAAAGCCAACCAUGACUAAAAAAUACGAGGUCGAAGUGUCAAGUUUUAGUUAGAUUUGUGAUGUGAGAACCUGGUCAUAACUGAUAAGCCACACUCAUGUGGUGGCUGGAUCCAUGCCAUUUACAUGGCAUGAGCAGGUGAUUCGCUGUCGGUGUGGACCCUUCAUUGUCCAUGCCACCCGGCCCAAUGGGGCCUACUUGUUAAAAGAUUUAGAUGGUGUGUUUCAUGAUCGAUUGAUCAAUGGCAAGUAUCUCAAGCCUUAUGUCCCUUCUCUUUGGGACGUGAGGUGUCAAGGGGUUCAAUGUUGGGCGGCCACCAUGGUGGGCGGCAUGCCAAGCCUCCCACACCCUAAUACAUGGCAUGAUACCCUCGUGAUAAAGCAUGGCUUGAGUAGCUAGCCAUGACAUGGAAAGGAAAUUGAGCUAGUUAAGUUUUACUUCCUUCUGUCGGGGCCUAGCAUUCUAUAAAAGGCUAUGGGUGCA